AUGAGUGAGGCAAACCGAACCACUGUGGAGCCCUCGGAGCUCCCCACAGCAUCGGCCGUAUCCCCUGGACUGGGCAGCGGGGCCCGGGCAUGGCCUGUGCUGGUAGGGGUCGUGCUGGGGGCUGUGGUCCUUUCUCUCCUCAUCGCACUUGCUGCCAAAUGCCACCUCUGCCGCAAAUACCGUGCCAGCUACCAGCACCGCCCGCUGUCUGGGACAGGGAAAGGGAUCCGCCCCGAGGUGGGUGAAGAUGAGGAUGACGAUGGCUUCAUCGAGGACAAUUACAUUCACCCUGGGGUUGGUGGGCUGGGGACGGAGGGAAGUAGGGACCACUUCUCCCUCUGA